AACUUAUCAAUUGGAAGAGAAAUGGUAGCAUGUCAAACGUAUGACGGAAGGGAUGAAUGCAGUUUCGAUUGUAAUACGCAGGCGCAAUUAAAGAAGGCAAGAUUAUAAAUACAGCACUUUUUAACCACAGCAUGAAGUUGUCACAGUGCAUUUGUUCCAUGAUGGCGCAACAUGUUAUUCAUUCAAGCACACCGGCAACUCUUUUGUUACUUGUUUUUACGAUAUCCAACUUAGUAACUAGCAAUGCAUUUACAGACGUGCAAGUAUUUGAUAACCUGAAAGUGAAAUCAGUGAAUGCUUUAAUUACAAAGCAAUCUCAUGCACGAGAGUACUUAUCUGGUGCUCCAGGUUUCUUUGUAGAGAUUCUUGGCACCGGCCUGGAGAGAAAUGUUUCGUUGCGCUGGUCAGCUACACUCGACAAUUGUGAUCCAAACAACAAGUUGAAUGCAAUUUGGAUCGAUCAUAAUGGCAAUCGUGCGAUAUAUAAGUUUAUCAAAAUUCCUAAUUUUAAGGUUACCACGAUCUAUUUCUGUCUGAGAACCGUCAGUAGGUUCGGUGAAACAUGGACCAAUCUUGGAAGCAAUUUAACUAUUCAGCGCCCAAUUCAUUCAGAAAAAUAUUUUCGUACGCGUCGUGCCAAUUCAUUAGCUAGCGUUGAUGGUGAUUACAAAAAUCCAUCAACUGAGCAAAUCCGUACAGAUGUAUUUAUUGAGGGAUUAAGAAUAGAAACAUCAGCAAAGGAUCCUAGCUACAGCGAAGAUGGUAUUCCAGAGAUAUUAGCUGGAAGCAGAGCAGUUAUACGAUUGUUUGGUUUUGGCUUUACAGAAGAUACUUUGGUUACUUUCACAGAUGUACCAGCAAAAAGGGGUACUAUUUGUGACAAAAUUAAAAGCAAGGAAUUUCCAGUACAACGUAUAAACAAUCAUACUGCAAUUAUCGAUGUUGUAUUACCACUUGGUUCACCAUUUUAUGUGUGUGCAAAACAACCAGUGUAUGGAAAAGAAGGUCCUGACCUUUUGCUGUUUAAACAUCAAGGUACUGAAACAUGGAAUACUAUAUAUACAUACGAGAAAUUUUUACCACUUUGGCUUAGUAUUGUAAUUAUUCUCAUGUGUCUAAGCUUUUCUGCUUUGUUCUCUGGUUUAAAUUUAGGGUUAAUGGCAAUGGAUAGAACUGAAUUGAAAAUACUUUGUAAUACUGGAACAGAGAAGGAAAAACAAUAUGCAAGAACAAUACAACCAGUGAGAAAUCAUGGGAAUUAUUUGUUAUGUUCGAUUUUGUUCUCAAAUGUUCUGGUAAAUUCAAUUUUUACCAUUUUAUUAGAUGAUCUAACUUCUGGAUUAGUUGCCGUUAUUUGUUCUACCUUAGCUAUUGUAAUAUUUGGUGAAAUUUCACCGCAAGCUAUUUGUAGCAGACAUGGAUUGUGUAUUGGGGCAAAGACUAUUUACGUUACAAAAUUAACCAUGAUAAUAACAUUUCCAUUGAGCUAUCCUAUUAGCAAGCUCUUAGAUGUUCUUCUUGGUGAAGAAAUUGGCAAUGUAUAUAAUCGUGAACGAUUGAAAGAACUUGUAAAGGUAACAACAGGGUAUAAUGAUUUAGAAAAGGAUGAAGUGAAUAUUAUUGCUGGAGCAUUAGAAUUGCGAAAAAAGACCGUGAAAGAUGUAAUGACAAAAAUCGAAGAUGUAUACAUGUUGAAUUAUGACGCUAUUUUAGAUUUUGAAACAGUAUCGGAAAUCAUGAAAUCAGGCUUUUCGCGUAUACCAGUUUACGAGGGUACCAGAACAAACAUAGUUACAAUGCUUUAUAUUAAAGAUCUUGCUUUCGUUGAUCCAGAUGAUAAUAUGCCACUUAAAACUUUGUGCCAAUUUUAUCAAAAUCCAUGUAACUUCAUUUUCGAAGAUGUUACGUUAGAUAUUAUGUUUAAACAAUUCAAAGAAGGCCAUAAAGGUCAUAUGGCAUUUGUGCAAAGAGUAAAUAAUGAAGGCGAAGGCGAUCCAUUUUAUGAGGUAAUAGGUUUAGUCACAUUGGAAGAUGUUAUAGAAGAAUUAAUUCAAGCAGAGAUUAUGGAUGAAACUGAUGUAUUUACGGAUAAUAGAACUAAACGUAGAAGGCAAGCAAGGCAUAAAAUACAAGAUUUUACUGUGUUUGCGGAGAAGAAAGAAAAUCAACGUAUUCAUAUAUCGCCGCAGUUGACAUUGGCCAUGUUUCAGUACUUAUCUACAACUGUUGAUGCAUUUAAACCCGAUACAAUAUCAGAAACUAUUUUGCGUCGUUUACUUAAACAAGAUAUUAUUUAUCAUAUCAAAGUGAAGUCACGCGAAAAAGCAAGAAAUGAUCCGACGGCAGUAAUUUAUCAACAAGGAAAAGCAGUUGAUUAUUUUGUCCUAAUCUUAGAAGGUCGAGUUGAAGUUACGGUCGGCAAAGAAAACAUGAUGUUCGAAAGCGGACCAUUUACAUAUUUUGGUUCUCAGGCACUCACUGUUAACGUUGGAAUAGCUGAGUCACCUACCGCCACAAAUCCCCAAACAGUCGGCAGCAUACAAUCGAUUAAUCUAGAUUCCAUGUUACGAUAUACGUUUGUUCCUGAUUAUACAGUGCGAGCGGUAACCGAAGUAUUUUAUGUUAAAAUUAAAAGAUCUUUGUACUUAGCUGCGAAACGGGCUACUCUUUUGGAACGAAGCCAAAAAGACCCGAUUCCCGGAAGCCAAGAGCAAUUUGACGACGAGAUAGAAAAGCUACUGCAUUCUUUGGACGAGGAUGAUCGUAGUGUACCAGAAUCUCCAGUAUUACCAAUUGAUAAAGAUAAGGAAAGUAAGAAAGAAAAAGAAAAAGAUUCUGUACAAUCUCCAAUUCAUAGUGCUACAGCUCCAACUUCACCUGCUCCAGUUAGUGCUAGUCCAGUUACACAUUCAAAGUUUAUUUCAUCGUACAGCGAUCAUAAUGGCAAAUUAAAAAAUUCGCCAGUAAAGGGAACGGUCACGAGUCCGAAUCAAGGACAAACCAAUUUAGAUUUAAAUUCAGACAUUCUUGCUCGUCAUGAAGCUAAUAAAAUCAUAUCAGCAAAAAAAUUAAUUGAAGAGGAAGAAAGAACGAAUCUCCUGCCUAAGCAAGAAGACUCUUAACGCUCGAAGAUUAGUCGACGAUGUUUAAACACGUCGACAUUGUUGACACUGCAGGUAUUAAACAACGAAGAGCAAGAAAAACCUCUAUGACAUAGAAUGCUAUGAUGGCAUUAGGUACUUAACAAAUUACUUGAAUAUUUAUCGCAAAACAAAUCAAUAGCCGAUGUUGAGUAUUUUAGGUUCUAAAUGGUUGGCUCAAAGACUAUCCACGAUAUCCUAGUUCUGUAAAGUUAGUACGCUCAGGGAAGUUUGCCAAAAUUCAAAUCAUUCAUAUGUAUUCAAUUCUUACAGUCUACGUAAAUAGUCUGAUACGUAACUGAUGUUCAAACCUAUUUUUAAGUAACAAAUGUCUUAUUUCUUGAAAGAGCGGAACGCUUAACUAGAAAGAGUAUAUUCUCAUCGCAGUAGGAAGAAUUCAUUUUCUAUAAUUUACCACAAAAUGCACAUGUUUAUUCAAUAAUUUUUCCUGAACAUUUGUAAAUAUCAUUUUACUAUGCAUUUUCAUUUAAAACAAAUUUUCUGUGAUGUGUAUUUCAUUUUUUAUAAUGAAGUACACAUUUACACGACAUUUCUUGACGGGCGUAUAUUAACAUUUCGUAUGUUGAUGCGUUUGCAUUUAAAAGAAGAAAGCAGAUUUUGGAACCAUUUGAUGGGUCAAAUAUUGAGCGAAAGUUGCAGUUCAAAUAUACAAAGGAAAACAACAUGUACUUACGUUAUUCAGAUUUUGUAAAUUGAUGAAAAGGUUCAUUUAAAAAUGUAUUUGAUCGUGAGUAUAUUAACGUGUAAUAGGAAAGAGUACAAAUUGAGAGAAGUGUUGCUAACUAAAUGGUCGCGUACAUUAAUUAAAUAUAUUCUUAAAGUAAUACAGGGGUCUUUAAAAUAAUUUUUCAUCAGUUAUACCGUAUUCGUUACAUCAUAUUCCUUACCUAAUUGUGAAUAGUGUAAAUAGAAGUUACAAAUCAUUCGAACUAGUAAUGAACGAUAAGAAGAUUUUCGAUAUGUAAUUAUAAUAAUUCUUUACGUUUUUAUUCAGUGCCUUAAAAAGAAAAAAAAAUUAUAAAAUUAUGUUCAAUCACCUACAACAAAACGUAUUUUAAUAUUAACAGAAAUUUCUUGGUUUCGUACUUAAAUUCAUUACACAUGUUGAUUUAAAUUCAUUUAUAUUAUUACAGUAACUUGCAACUGAUUUAAGUUCAACUUAAAGUAAGGGUUCACUUUCUCAUCAAUUUUCAUACAAAGCGUGAUAUUCAUUGCGUGUGUAUUAUAAAAAUAAUAUUUUGAACAUGAAUGUUAAAUGAUAACAUACAAUAGUACCAUCAUCCCUGUAAAGGAAUAGUGAAUUUCAAAAAGUUCGAUAUUUUAAUAACAGCCUAAUGCGUGUUUUUAUAUUUUUAAUCAUUGUUAUGUUUUGUUUAUCACUAUAGGAAAACAUAAGUUAUCGAUACAACCUGACGAUCAAUGCUGGUACAUAUCUUAAGUUUGAAAUAGUUCUAGCGAUAAAAAUCUUCCUGAAUUUUCAAAUAUCCCUUACAAAGAGGAGAUAAUAAUUAUUGUAAUAAGCUGUUAAAUCUGUAAUGUAACGAAAUAAUAUGCAAGAAAUCUAUUCUCAGAUUUUUUUAUGAGAAAAACAAUCAUUUACUAUAUUUAAUAGAAAAAGAAAAAUCACAUAGAACAAGUUUAUCGUAUAAGAUUAGUCAAAUCUGUAGCUCCUUCAAAUCACCACGGCUUAACGUUUGUUGUUUUUAAAAUUUAAAAACGAAACUAUUACUGCCAUAUUUUUUUUGUACUUGCUACGUGUUGUUUAAGUGCUUGUUUUGGUUAAUUUCUUCGAGGAAUAACGUUAAAAUUUGUACGUUACUUAUUUAAAAAUUUAACAACAAAGAAAUUUUAAUAUUUUAAAUUCUAUUUACGCGUAUUUGUCUUCUGCGGACAAAUAUCGACUUUAGAGUAUCGUAAAUUGUACAGAGUCAUUCAAAUUUUAUUUUUUAUAUAAAUAUAUAUUUAUUGUUUGAACGAUUUUAUGUAAACGUACAUGUUUGCGUGUUUUGGACAGUUUUGUGAAGUAUUUUCGUAAAUAUGAAAUAUAUUAAUAUAGCUUUAAAAAUAUAUUCAUAUUAACAUAUUACGUUACAGUUAAUGUUAGAAUAUUUAAAUGGCGUUUAUCCUUAAAGUGUAAUAAAUAGACAUACGUAAUAGAUGUAUAUCAUAUAUUUAUAGGAUUUAUUUUAUUACUCUUAUAUCGUUUAUCUUUUUCGUUGUUUAUCUUUUAAAUGUCAAUUUUUAACUAACGUUAUAUGUAACAUUUUUACGCUUUACUUAUUACAUUGUUUUAAGGACAGUGGAAAGUACUUGUUGCAAACUUAUGUAUAUUUAUAGUUUUUAUGUAAACCACGGAUAUUAUUAACAACGUGUUUAUACUCAAUAAUUUUAUGUUCUUCGUACGAUGAAAAUUGUAUCUUAUAUCGAGAAAUGAAGCUGUAACAAAAUCUGUAAAAAGAAACUCCAUUUUCAUUGUCGCUAUGUCUUUUAGAUUACUAAAGUCAUAUAAUAGUGUGCCUAUAAUUAAAUAUAAGUAUGUACUGCUUAUAUCAGUAUGUCGUUUAUAGCAAAUUCGAUCGAAAUUGUGAUUUAAAAUCAAAGAUUUUCUUGAAUAAAGCGCAAAGUAAUAGAAAAUCAUUCUCUAUUGAAAUAUGGCAGCGAGAUUAUUACCAUUAGUAAUGCUACAUAUUAAUUUUACAUUGUACUACAAUAGAAUCGAGGUAUAUUCGAGAAAAACGGAGCCAAAUAUUUAUCAAUAUUAUAUUACUAUAUUCACAAAAUAAAGAUACAAUUUCGUUUUCAA